AUGCAGACUCCGAACGCGAAGGACGAUUGGAUUGUCUGCACCACACAUAUGCAUGGUGCCUACCCGGCGGAGCGACUGCUGCGACAGAGAGCCAUGAGCCACCCCAGGCACAUGGGCAAGAUAAGGAAAAGGCUGGAGGAUAUCAAGAACCAGUCCCAAAAGUUGACAAAAGCCGAUUUCAGCCACAAUGAAAGCAUAAGGUUGGCCACCGAUGCCUUCCUGGAUGGUGGGACGGAGUCUUACUUCGAAGCUCUAAGCAAAGAGGGGGAGGUGGAUUUCCUGUCCUCGGUGGAAGCUCAGUACAUCAAGGAUAACGCCAGGGAGUCCUACUACGCACAGGAGUCCCUGGCCACUGACGGGGCGGCCGCACCGAAGCAGAACGAUGCCAGGUCGCUCCCCUCGGGGACCUACUUCCCCACCAUUUCGGACAGCAGUGAGCCAGCUCUGCUGCACACAUGGAUUACAGCAGAGAAGCCCUAUCUGAAGGAAAAAUCCACUGCCACUGUGUAUUUCCAAACAGAGAAGAACAGCAACAUUAGAGACAUCAUACGCCGGUACAUCAACAAGAGCACUCAGGUGCUAGCUAUCGUGAUGGAUGUGUUCACAGACACUGAGAUUCUUUGUGACCUCCUGGAGGCAGCCAACAAGCGCAUGGUGUUUGUCUACCUGUUGCUCGACCAUGGCAAUAUAAAUCUCUUCUCAGAGAUGUGCGACAAGUUGCAAAUUGCCGAGGAUCUCUUCAAGAAUAUUUCAGUCCGCAGUGUUACUGGUGAGGUUUACUGUGCCAAAUCAGGCAGGAAGUUUUCAGGACAAAUACAAGAAAAAUUUCUUAUCUGUGACUGGAGAUACGUGCUCUCUGGAUCUUACAGCUUCACGUGGUUGUGUGGCCAGGUUCACCGCAACCUCCUCUCCAAGUUCACGGGUCAAGUUGUGGAGCUGUUUGAUGAAGAGUUCCGACACCUUUAUGCCCUGUCCAAGCCAGUGAGGGGACCGAAGUCUCCACCGCGCACCUUGCCUUACCUGUUCAACAAGAGCUGGGCCCCCCAGCGCAGCCUCCCCGACAGCGACGAGGGAAGCGCCAACACGCUUUCCGAUCCCUUCAGCAGCCUCUCGGCGGGCAGCACCCACCAGGCCAAGCAAAGCCCAAGAACUCUCAUAUUCAGCGGCAACUUCACCCCCCAAUCACCUCUUCACAGAGUUAAUUCCUUCCACGGCUACGUCUCGUACACCCCGCCGCCACCACCGCCACAGGCAGCCAUCCAGGCCAACUACUACCAGCCGCACUGCGUGGCCGAUAACUCCCCAGUGCUGUACAACAACAUGAACGUUUACAGACCCAUAAGACUGAGACAAGAGGAACAAAACAGGACAGGGUUAAACUCACCCUGGAGAUGCCUCCACAAAGCUAACCUGUUUGCAUAA